UACAUGGCCGAUAUUUCAUUUCAUUCAUUUAUAGCUUCCUUUUCUGUCUUAUAAAUGAUUAUCUAUAUACGGGUGGUCGUCGAUCAAGAUUUCCGUAUAAAUUGUUAAAUGAAGGUGCUAUAAGCGUUUAUUUUAUGAAAAAACUGUAGGUUAUAAAUUGUUAAAUAAUGAUCUUACUCGAGAUCAAUAAUAGAAUUAUAGAAGAAACGCUAACAGUAAAAUACAAAAAUGCACUGGCGCGCUUAAAGCCAGAAUCCAUAGAUGUGACGGUUGCAGAUUUUGAUGGAGUCCUCUUUCAUAUAUCCAAUGUUAAUGGAGACAAAACCAAAGUUAGGGUUAGUAUAUCACUGAAGUUCUACAAACAAUUAGAGGAGCAUGGUGCAGAUGAACUUCUCAAAAGAGUUUAUGGACCACUCCUCACUGAGCCGGAAUCAGGUUACAACGUGUCCGUCCUACUGGACCUGGAGGCGAUCCCCGACGACUGGGAGGAGACCGUCCGGAAGGUCGGGCUGCUGAAGCGCAACUGCUUCGCGUCCGUGUUCGAGCGCUACUUCCGCCUCCAAGAAGACGGGGAUGUGGCCCAGAAGCGCGCGGUCAUCAACUACCGCCAGGAUGAGACGCUAUACGUGGAAGCGCAAGAGGACCGAGUGACGGUGGUGUUCUCGACGGUGUUCCGUCACGAGGACGACAUGGUGAUCGGCAAGGUGUUCAUGCAGGAGCUGAAGGAGGGCCGGCGGGCCAGCCACACAGCGCCGCAGGUUUUAUUUUCACAUAAGGAACCACCACUAGAACUCAUGGACACUGAAGCGAAAGUAGGAGAAAAUAUCAGUUAUGUUACAUUCGUGCUGUUCCCUCGGCACACGUGCUCGGAGGCGCGCGACAACACGAUCGACCUGCUGCACAUGUUCCGCGACUACCUGCACUACCACAUCAAGUGCAGCAAGGUGUACGUGCACUCGCGCAUGCGCGCCAAGGCCGGCGACCUGCUCAAGGUGCUCAACCGGGCCCGCCCGCAGCAGCAGCGCCAGGAGAGGAAGACCAUCACGGGGAGAACAUUCGUGAGGCGGGACUGAGUGCGGGCCCCGGAGCCACCACGAGCCUUGUUGACCACGAGAGCGGCUCCGCCCGCGCCGCGCCCGGGGGCUCCACUCCGGCAAUGUGCGUAUUUCCUUCACUCUGUAUGUUCCCGAUACCUGUGUAUUCUAGUGUUCGCGUGCCACGACGUUUUGCAACAUUUAUCAACUAUACUUUCAAUUUGAAUCAUUUCAAUAAACAGUACAGGAAUGCCAAAUAUUAAAAAAAUGCUCAAUAUUGUGUUGGUCGCCGAACUUUACAAAAUGAAAUGUGCACAUUGUUUUCACAAAUAUUUAUUGUCAACUCUUCAUGCCUAGCGUAAUGUCAAUAAAUAAUGUUGCUGUAGUACCUACUUGUUGAUAGCAAAAUUAUGCUUUAUUAUAUGAGAGUUCUAUUUAUGGGGCCCCGGGCGGGCCCGCGAUCCUUCUCGUAGCUUACGUAAUUUUGGGAUCUAUAUCUGAAUCCCUAAAGUCUUUUCUCCUAUCUUUGCAUUCCCUAAUAUUGUUUGUCAUAAUGAUCAGUUGUCCUAACACUAAGAACCCUAAUUUUGGUUUCCCUAUUAUUGAUUACUUAUCCUAAUGUUAUUAAGCAUAUUUUCUUUUUUGCGAGAGUCGCAGUUCUAACCCUAACCUAACCCACUUGUGGCAGCAAGUUCUAAAACCUAACCAUUUUGCAGAACCUUACAUUAUGGUAAAUCGUUAUGACAAUUCAUGUGCCCAUUAGGACAAAUCAUUUAGGGCAAGUGACUUUAGGACAAACGUUGUUAGGGAUUCAGAAUGGCACCCGUAAUUUUGUUGAUGUAAGUAACCCGAUUACCAAUCCUCGACUAGAGUAUAAUGUAUUAUAAACCUAGCCUAUUAUUGUUUCGGAUGACAGACUUGUAAAGAUGUAUAUCUCCGGACGGACAUGCACAAACUCGUACGAAUUACUCACUAUUAAUUUUGUAACUACACCGUCUAGUUUGAUAACGCUAUUUAUGCAAUAUACGAACAAUAAUUAUUUAAAUAAAGUUACUCUCUUACGUUGUUAGGUAGGCCCGAUUCAAUUAUAAUCUAAGUGAAAGUGUAUAGUAUCUCUCAAUAGAAUCUUCCAUAGACCGAGGCUGCGUGGGUGUAAAGGCCUUAUUGAUGUCGGCUCGAUAGAUCGCUAGGUUAGAUGCGAUACUCUGUAUCCCGUUUAUAUGCAAUACCGACUCACAACACUUCAAUUCCAUAUUGCAUUAAAGAACAAGAUACAUUUAUUAUCUACAAUGAUUUAUAUAUAAAAUUUAAUGUAUUAAACUUUAUAAGAAUUCUUCGAAUUUAGUGUCAUAGUUCAUGAGAAAUAGAAAAUGGCACGUAACGUGUUAGACCACUUCCGCACCAAGUAUUUGCUCAAAUCGAACACCAAGGAGCUCUAUAGGAAUAGUGAACAUGUCACACUACAAUGUUUAGCCCUUAUUUCUGAAGCGAAUUCAUUUUGAAAGGCAAUGUUUGGGAUCUAGUGAAGUGGCACUCUAUUUGCAAAUCUGAAUUGUCUCCUUAUCUUCUUUACACUCAUAAGAGUCAUAUUGCAAUAAUUUAUAUGUAUAAUAGCGAAGAUAUUCAGAUUUGCAUUAAAUUUUAUUUUAAAAGGAGUGCAAAGAGUAGGCGAGAUUAACUACGUAAUUUUAGGUGAGAUUGUGGCAAAAAUAUCGAUCGAGUCAUGGACUGAAAGUUAUUUAGACUACGAGUAUCAUUAAUGGGUCGUUUGGAUGGAAUAAUGUAAAUCGCUAAGUCAUAAUUAAAUUGCAUGAGUUGAUAACGUGACAAAUAUUAACAAUUGACAGAUUGAUUAUAAAAGAUACGGCAAGUAGUCGAGUAUGAAUGGAAUGUAAUACAUAAAGCGUGUAGACACAAUUUAACUAAAAAAAUUAGCUAACUUGAAUUUUAUGUAUUUUUUUUUGCAAGAUGUAUUAUUUAUGUAUUAUAAAAUGUAAGUUAAAUGUUGCUUUAAAGUUAUAGCUUACAAUUUGAUGAUUGUUUUUUCUGUCAGUUGAAGCGCCAGAUUAUGUAAACUGUGCAGAUUAUGAAGGUUAUUUGUGAAUAUGUAAUUAUUCUUGUGAUUUAAAAUCCGUUUAUACUGUAUUUUUAUUUUCUAGAUUAAAGAAAACAUCUUACUGCAA